CUGUUGGCGGGAGUCCAUUUUGGAGAGUGGCUGUGCACUCGAUCCAAGCAAGGUCAGCGAGCCUGAGACUCUCACUGUGUGUGCACGUGGACAGCCGGAGUAAAUAACCUGGAGCGCAAUAAAAAGCCUGUCCAGCUGGAGAAACACUCCAAGCUGCAGUGGACAGUUGCAUGGAAGGAUCACUCCACCAGGUCUCUCGCCAUGGUGAACGAGUCCUUCGGCGCCGGCAACGGGGUGGCCGUCCUCGGCAACGGGGCGGCCGUCGUGAGGUCCGACGGCAGCAGCGGCAGCGACAGCUCCAAGGAAAGCUCACGAUGCUCCACCCCUGUCCUCGACACCGAGCGGCACGACCGCCUGUGGGAGAAGAUGCGGAGGCGGCAGGAGUCUGGGGACAAGUGGUUCUCCCUGGAGUUCUUCCCUCCGAGGACGUCCAACGGGGCCGUCAACCUGAUCUCCAGGCUUGAGCGCAUGGGUGCGGGCGGCCCGCUCUUCAUCGAUGUGACCUGGCACCCUGCUGGCGACCCAGGCUCCGACAAGGAAACCUCCUCCAUGAUGAUGGCAAGCACAGCGCUCAACUACUGUGGCCUGGACACUGUCCUCCACAUGACCUGCUGCAACCAGACCAAGGAGAUGAUCACGGCGCACUUGCAGAAGGCCAAGCGGCUAGGUCUCAAGAACAUCAUGGCGCUGCGUGGAGACCCCAUUGGGGAAGAGUGGCAAGAGGAGGUCGAGGGUUUCAACCACGCUGUUGACUUGGUGAAGCACAUCCGUUCUGAGUUCGAGGAUUACUUUGACAUCUGUGUGGCAGGAUACCCCAAGGGACACCCGGAAGCAGAGAGUUACGAGGAGGACUUGAGGCACCUGAAGGAGAAAGUGUCCGCAGGAGCCGACUUCGUCAUAACGCAGCUGUUCUUUAGGUCGGAGACCUUCCUCAAGUUCUUGAAGGACUGCCAGGCUAUUGGCAUCACCUGCCCUGUCGUGCCCGGGAUAUUCCCUAUACAGGGCUAUCAUUCCUUGCGCCAGCUUGUGAAGCUUUCGAAGCUGGAGGUGCCGCAGGAGAUCAAGGACGUCAUAGAGCCCAUCAAGGACAACGACGCGGCAAUCCGCAACUACGGCAUUGAGCUGGCCGUCACCAUGUGCCGGGAGCUGCUGGACAGUGGCCUGGUCCAUGGCCUACAUUUCUACACCCUGAACCGGGAAGUGGCCACCAUAGAGGUCCUCAAGCACCUGGGCCUCUGGAAGGAGGACCCCAGGCGUUCCCUGCCCUGGGCGGUCAGUGCUCACCCCAAACGGCGAGUUGAAGAUGUCCGACCCAUUUUCUGGGCCUCCAGGCCGAAGAGUUACAUCUACCGAACUCAGGAAUGGGAUGAGUUCCCUAAUGGCCGCUGGGGUAACUCAUCCUCCCCAGCCUUUGGGGAUCUGAAGGAUUAUUACCUCUUCUACCUGAAGAGCAAAUCUCCCAGGGACGAGCUGCUGAAGAUGUGGGGCGAGGAACUGACCAGCGAGGAAAGCGUCUUCGAGGUGUUCAGGUGUUACAUCGCCGGAGAGCCCAACAAGGAUGGGCACAAGGUGACCUGCCUGCCUUGGAACGAUGAUCCUCUGGCACCCGAGACCAACCUUAUGAAAGAAGAGCUGGCGAAGGUGAACAGGAGAGGAAUCCUGACCAUCAAUUCCCAGCCGAACAUCAACGGCAAGCCUUCCACCGACUCGAUUGUGGGCUGGGGACCCGACGGAGGCUAUGUCUUCCAGAAGGCCUAUCUGGAGUUCUUCACCUCCAGUGAGAAUGUCCGAGCCCUCCAGACAGUGCUGAAGAACUACGGCCAGCGAGUGAAUUACCACAUUGUCAAUGUCAAGGGUGAGAACAUCACCAACGCACAUGAAAUGCAACCCAACGCCGUAACGUGGGGCAUCUUCCCUGGCAGAGAGAUCAUUCAGCCGACGGUUGUAGACCCGGUUAGCUUCAUGUACUGGAAGGACGAGGCCUUUGCCCUGUGGAUCGAGCAGUGGGCCAAGCUGUACGAAGAGGAGUCGCCCUCCCGCAUGAUUAUCCAGUACAUGCACGACAACUAUUACCUGGUCAACUUGGUGGACAACGACUUCCCCCUGGACAGCUGCCUCUGGCAGGUCUUGGAAGACAUGCACACGCUCUUGAACUGUCUGGAGGAACCGUGAAAAGGAGAAAAGGCACACAGCCUCCCAGAUUUGGCUGGCAGCAAUGUCAAAAACCUUAGGGAUGUGAAGUUGGAACCACAGUGGCCCAGACACUCCUCUAGGGGGCGCCAUUGACUGCAUCUCCCCCCCCCC